CGCUAGGAUACUUUGCCCUCCUCUGCUGUCCACACAGUCACGUUAUUGGUGGGUGAGUGAUGGGGGAAGUACUGCUGCCCUGGAAGUUACUUACCUUCUGACUGUAAAAGUGUGAAACCGGAGACAAUAAGAAACGAGGCGCCUUUAAUGGCAUGUAUGUUUUACGCUGAGAGGAGAAAAAGUAACUUUGUUCGGGUGUUUGUAGGAGAGGAAUCUUUGCAUCAUGGAGUUUGGUGAAGAGUCGUCGCCCGCUCUGGCUUUCGAGAAGGACGCGUUCGAGCUGACAGUAGAGGAUGUUUACGACAUCUCAUAUGUGAUCGGGAGAGACUUGUUGAAAAUCAGCAGCACGGGCGAAGAAGUGUCGGAUUUACAGUUCAGGAUAGUCCGCGUUUUAGAAAUGUUCGAGACUUUGGUCAACAAAUACAACUUGUCUCUGGAGGAGCUGAAAAUGGAGCGGGACAACUUGAAGAGUGAACUGGACAGGAUCAUAAAUGAGAGCUCUUCUGGACAGGCCACGCAAACAGCGGGACCAAACCAGCUGGUGGUGGACCUGACAGACCCCAACAGACCGCGCUUCACCAUGCAGGAGCUAAAGGAGGUUCUGCAGGAGAGGAACCAGCUGAAGGCGCAGCUCAUGGUGGCCCAGGAGGAGCUGCAGCUGUACAAGAGUGGGAUUCUGCCACAGGGUGAACCAGCCAUGGUGGAGGUGGAUCUGAACACACCAGAAGCUACAGAUAGCAGUCCAGCCAUGCUAAAUGAUGCAAAAGAGGAGAAGACAACUAUAGGCAAACUGUUUUCAUUUAGGCGAAAAUAAGGAAAAUAGAAUGGAGAGAAUGGACCAAGAAGAAGCCAAACAGGAUUUGUCAUCACACCUUUGCGCUUAUUUAACCACUUUUACAUAGACUAUUUUUACAAUGUGUAUUUGUCAAUCUAACAAGCACCGUAUUUUGUACUGGAAAUUAAACCUAAGUUGGUUUAUGGUAAUAUAAAUUUGUAGCAGGUAUAUAUAUUUUCAAAGGAAGGUUUGUUGAAGAAAUCAAAUGAAAACUGGAAAGUAUUAUGUAACAAGUGAACUAGCAUCAGACACUAUGGUGAAUGCUUUGACUCAAAAUGAAGUUAUUUAUUGUCUUGAAGGCUUAAUUUUUUUUUGUACUUUAUACAUCAAAAUUAGUGUUCAAAGGUCUACAUAUUAUUCAUCAUGUAACAAGUAAAGGCCCCAUCCCCCAGAAUUCUAAACAAUAAAAUGUUACAAAAUUU